AUUCUAAACAGUAUUGUUGUGGUGGUAUAAAUUGUUUUAGGGCUCUGCUUACAUCACUCUAUAUCAGUUCAUACAAGUCUUCCCAAAUUUCUCAUCCAUAAUCUCAACCAUCCUGGUGAAAGUACGGAGGAUGCCUAAUUAUUAAUUUUGAAGUCUGAGGACUUUAGAUUCAAUUAGGUAUUGGUUGUACUAUGCUGGAGCUAGCUCCUAGAUCCCAAGGUUAAAUUUUCAUCUUGAGCAUUUACACCUCCGAACUCGGCAGCCGUUGCAAAUUAGGACUGGAUUAUGUCUUUCUUAUUGCUUAGAUUUGUGAAAGUGACGGAAAAAUAUUAAUAAAGCAGUUUAAAUUCUGGUGUCCUGACUACAUUCCCUACUACCACCACCCAGGAGAUGGUUGUUAAAUAUUUACCAGCACUCUGUACUGGGUACCGCUACCUUCAGUUACGUGAAGAGCCUUCUUAUCUUAGAAGAACCUUAGAACUCAUUGGUCCAGUGAUUUCCCCGUCGGGUCCUAGCUUUUAGCUCGUGCCUGGGAGUGCAAGGAUUUUCUCAGUUCUCCCCAACCCACUGGCCCAGCCGCCUUCCACAGCUCACCCGACCUUAGUGUCUUGGUGAAGAAGAAAAGCUAUAGGUGAUACGGGAGGAAAGAGGCGUGUCUUGCUCCGAAGCCUCACCCUCUCCAGGGACUAGAAAGCUAGACCUCGAUGAACCGGACUUCCUCCCUUGGAGCGGGUUGGGUCCGGCUCCCUUUUCUACUUUAGUGGUUUCGCGCUCUGCUGUGGUGGGGGGUUGAGGGGUGCGGAGUGUAAGUGGUGGGAGGCUACCGCCUCAGGUGUGCACCUGCCCCGAAUUUAUUCUUGGCGGGCGGGGGACGAAUUGCUGGAGCUGCUUUCCCUUUCCCCUUUCCGCCCAUCCCCUAGGAUCGCCCCUGUCCUGCUUGCCCCAACUUGUAGACAGCGUGUGGGCUUGCUUUAGCUAGUUUGGGCUUAAAUCAGCCAGGGCGCAGCCUUUGGAAUCGCGCGUCCGCCUUUUACGCUACCUCCUUGCUCUUUGGGGGAUGGCCUGCCCGGUCGAGCCCCCCGAUGGGGGUUGGGGGUGGAUAGUGGUCCUUUCAGCCUUUUUCCAGUCAGCGCUGGUGUUUGGGGUGCUGCGAUCUUUCGGCGUCUUCUUCUUGGAGUUCGUGUCGGCAUUCAAAGAGCCAGCGAUGCGGGUCUCUUGGAUCACCUCCAUUGGGAUCGCCGUGCAACAGUUUGGGAGCCCCGUGGGCAGUGCCCUGAGUACCCAGUUCGGCCCUCGGCCCGUGGUGAUGACAGGGGGGAUCUUGGCUGCUUUGGGUCUGAUGCUGGCCUCAUUUGCGACCUCCUUGACACACCUCUACCUUAGCAUCGGCCUGAUCUCUGGUUCUGGCUGGGCCCUGACCUUCACCCCCACCCUGGCCUGCCUCUCCAGAUACUUCUCCAAACGGCGCUCACUGGCCACAGGAUUAGCACUGACUGGCAUAGGCCUCUCUUCUUUUGUCUUUGCCCCCUUCUUCCAGUGGCUUAUCACCUAUUAUGCAUGGCGAGGUGCUCUUCUCUUGGUAGCUGCUCUGUCCUUACACCUUGUGGCCUGUGGGGCCCUCCUGAGGCCUCUCAGACUGGCAGAAGAUCCUAGUGUGGGAGGCCCGGCGGCUCAGUUGGUCUCCCUGCUUCACCAUGGCCCCUUUCUGUGUUACACUGCUGCCCUGACCCUGAUCAAUGCUGGCUACUUUAUCCCUUACGUUCACCUUGUGGCGCACGCCCAGGAUUUGGGUUGGGAUCCGCUGCACGCAGCCUUUCUCCUGUCCUUAGUGGCUGUGGCAGACUUGACAGGCCGAGUGUUCUCAGGAUGGCUGGGGGAUGUGAGCCCAGGGCCUGUGGUUCAGCUGCUGGCGAUGUGGUCUUUUCUGGCAGGGAUGGCAUUGGCCUUGCUCCCUGUAGCACAGCAAUCCUUGGUCCUCAUGGCCCUAGCUAUAGUCUAUGGCUUCACUGCGGGAGCCCUGACCCCUGUGGCUUUCUCAGUUCUGCCUGAACUUGUUGGAGUUGGAAAGAUAUACAUCGGCCUAGGACUGGUACAAUUGGUAGAGAGCAUUGGGGGACUGUUGGGGGCACCAUUGUCAGGCUACCUCCGAGAUUUGACAGGAAGCUACACAGCUUCCUUUGUGGUGGCUGGAGGCUUCCUUCUCACUGGAAGUGUGGUGCUUUGUACCCUUCCUGGUUUCUUCUUCUGCUUCUUCCUACCUUCUGCCUCAGAACAAUAUUCUGUGACAAAAUCAUUGGAAGCCAGAGUCUCCCCCAACAGGGCUGAGUAUGAAGAAGGAAGUCCAGAGGUCCAGGAUCCUUAACUUAGAUAAGGUUCCAGCAAUUCCUCAUCUUCAUCUUCAUCACCACAUCCCCCACCCCCUACCUUAGCUAUUUAUAUCUGCCUCCCUUUUUUGUUGCUUAUGUUGUAACUCUUCCCUCCCCCUAUACCCUCCUGUUGUCUUCAAUUCUCUAAAGACUACAUAAAUUCAAGGCCCUCUACUGUUUUUCUUCCCCUUACUUCCACUAACAGUCCAAAGCUAUGGAUCAAAGACCCAUGGCAAGGAUUUGUCUGAUACCUUUUAUCUGGCCUCAGUUAUCUUAGCCUCUUUGAAUAUCCCACUUCAGGACUGAAGAAAAUCAAGAUAUAAGUGUAUUUCUGAUGACAAGAGAAGCCAGAUGAGGAUAGCUGGUGAUAGAUGGUUGAGCUCAUGGGCUUGAGUACUUAGGAUGCCUGUUUAUCCUGUUUC